AUGAGUUGUUCGCCGUUUCUCUCCACCCCUCCUUCCAACCGAACGACCUUCGUAAGGCAUUUUCUAUCUCACUAUCUUUCUUUCUUACAUGGAUCCAUAGCGACUCUCCGUUGCUCUUUCUCAUUCUUUUUAGGUUGUAAAGCCUGCUUCCUUUCAAUUUCUUUCUUUCUUUUCUUUCUUUUCCACAUUUCUAUUGAUAUUUCUCAUUCUUUUUUUUGGUUCACUCUCCCUCUCACUUUCUUUCUUUCUUUCUUUCUUUCUUUCUUUCUUUCUUUCUUUCUUUUCUUUCUCACAUUGUUUCAUACCCACUCUAUUGAUAUUUCUCAUUCUUUUUUUUUGGUUGUUUCUCCCCUCUCACUUUCUUUCUUUCUUUCUUUCUUUCUUUCUUUCUCACAUUGUUCUCAUACCCACUCUAUUGAUAUUUCUCAUUCUUUUUUUUUGGUUGUAAAGCACUCUCCCGCUCACUUUCUUUCUUUUUUUUCUUUCUUUCUUUCUUUCUUUUUUCUUUCUUUUCACAUUGUUUUCAUACCCACUCUAUUGAUAUUUCUCAUUCUUUUUUUUGGUUGUAAAGCACUCUGCUCACUUUCUUUCUUUCUUUCUUUUUUUUUUUCUUUCUUUUCUCAUUGUUUCAUACCCACUCUAUUGAUAUUUCUCAUUCUUUUUUUUUUUGGUUGUAAAGCACUCUCCCUUCACAUGCUUUCUUUUCUUUCUUUCUUUCUUUUCUUUCUUUCUCACAUUCACUCUCCCACUCACUUUCUUUCUUUCUUUUCUUUCUUUCUUUCUUUCUUUCUUUCUUUCUCACAUUUCUCUAUUGAUAUUUCUCAUUCUUUUUAUUUGGUUUCACUCUCCCUCUCACUUUCUUUUUUCUUUCUUUCUUUCUCACAUUGUUUCAUACCCACUCUAUUGAUAUUUCUCAUUCUUUUUUUUGGUUGUAAAGCACUCUCCUCUCACAUUCUUUCUUUCUUUCUUUCUUUCUUUUCUUUCUUUUUUCUUUCUUUCUCACAUUCACUCUCCCUCUCACAUUCUUUCUUUCUUUUCUUUUUUCUUUCUUUUCUUUUUUUUUUCUUUCUUUCUUUCUUUCUCACAUUCACUCUCCCUCUCACUUUCUUUCUUUCUUUCUUUCUUUCUUUCUUUCUUUCUUUCUUUCUUUCUUUCUCACAUUCCCUCUCCCUCUCACUUUCUUUUCUUUCUUUCUUUCUUUCUUUCUUUCUUUCUUUCUUUCUCACAUUGUUUCAUACCCACUCUAUUGAUAUUUCUCAUUCUUUUUUUUUGGUUGUAAAGCACUCUCCCUCUCACUUUCUUUCUUUCUUUCUUUCUUUCUUUCUUUCUUUCUUUCUCACAUUCACUCUCCCUCUCACUUUCUUUCUUUCUUUCUUUCUUUCUUUCUUUCUUUCUUUCUCACAUUGUUUUACCCACUCUAUUGAUAUUUCUCAUUCUUUUUUUUUGGUUGUAAAGCACUCUCCCUCUCCUUUCUUUUCUUUCUUUCUUUCUUUCUUUCUUUCUUUCACAUUCACUCUCCCUCUCCUUUCUUUCUUUUCUUUCUUCUCUUUCUUUCUUUUCUUUCUUUCUUUCUUUCACAUUCACUCUCCCUCUCACUUUCUUUCUUUCUUUCUUUCUUUCUUUCUUUCUUUCUUUUCUUUUUUCUCAUUGUUUCAUACCCACUCUAUUGAUAUUCUCAUUCUUUUUUUUUUGGUUGUAAAGCACUCUCCCUCUCACUUUCUUUCUUUCUUUCUUUCUUUCUUUCUUUCUUUCUUUCUUGCUUAUUCUCAUUCCUUUUAUUUUUGUCCGUCAAUUUCUUUCUCACGUUCAUUCUUUCUUUCUCGUUAUAUUUUAUACUCAUCCAUUGGUGCUUAUUUCCCCCCCUUUUUAUUUUGUGCUAUUUUGUCCUUCUCACUCCCUCUUCCUUUUAUUUUUCAUACUCCCCUUUAUUGUCAGUACAUUUUAUACUUACAUAUUAUCUUUUAUUCCCUCGCUCUUUUAUUUUCUGUUACAUUGUGCUCUUUCUUUGUUCUUUCUUUCUGA